AGGGGGAACAAAAUCUCACGGGGGAACCAAAUCAAGCACAACACCGUUCACAACAGGUGAGGACUGAAUGCAAAUCUCCUAGAGAGCUUCUCAACUUUUUAGCCCAGGUGGAUCUGAUUGGGACUGUUCCUGAAGCAGCAAAGUUACUCCAGCUAGUGCUCACUAUACCUGCAACAACGGUAUCUGUGGAAAGGUCGUUUUCUGCAUUGAAAAGAAUCAAGACAUACAGUCGGAGUAGAACUGACCAAGGACAACUUUCUUCCCUGGCAAUUAUCCCAAUUGAGAAAGAGAGACUUGUAAAACUCAAAUAAAAGGAGAAAAACGAGGACUUCUACAACAAAGUCAUCAAGAUCUUCGUCCAGAAGGACAGGAGAAUGGUCUUCAUUUAAAAGUAAAGGAUUCAUUGCUGUAGCAGACGUCAACUGUUGACCGGUAAAGCAACCCUUCAACAGGAACCAACAUGAAUCUCCAGGACUCUGCACCUCAAAUACCACCUGUUCACCCUGAUGUGCAGAUGAAAUCUUUGCCCUUCUAUGAUGUGCUGGAUAUACUCAUCAAACCUUCCAGCUUAGGAGCAAGUACUUCACCAAGAUACCAUCAAGAGAAGUAUUUUAUCUUUGCCUUGACACCCCAGCAAGUUCGAGAAGUAUGCAUAUCCAGGGAUUUUCUUCCCGGUGGCAGAAGGGAUUAUAUGGUUCAAAUUCAGUUAAGGUUUUGUUUGUCUGAGACAAGUUGCCCACAAGAAGACAUUUUCCCAACCAGUCUCUGUAUAAAGGUCAAUGGAAAACCUUUUCCUUUACCAGGUUAUGCACCUCCCCCCAAAAAUGGUGUGGAACAAAGGAGACCAGGAAAACCUCUAAACAUUACAUCAUUGGUGCGACUAUCCUCUACAGUACCCAAUCAGAUAUCAGUGACAUGGGCACCUGAAAUUGGAAAGACCUUCUCCAUGUCUGUGUACCUAGUGAGGCAGCUAACAUCACCACUGCUCCUGCAGAGGCUGAGGAUGAAGGGCAUCAGAAACCCAGACCACUCCAGAGCACUAAUAAAAGAGAAGCUCACUGCAGAUCCAGAUAGUGAAGUUGCUACAACAAGCCUUCGAGUCUCCCUCAUAUGCCCGUUGGGUAAGAUGCGACUUACAAUCCCAUGCAGGGCGGUGACCUGCUCUCAUCUUCAGUGCUUCGAUGCUGGCCUCUACUUACAGAUGAAUGAGAAGAAACCUACAUGGAUCUGUCCUGUCUGUGACAAGAAGGCUACAUAUAGAAGUCUCAUCAUUGAUGGUUUAUUCUUGGAGAUCCUGAAUAACUGUUCUGACGUGGAUGAAAUCAAGUUCCAGGAGGAUGGUACCUGGUGUCCAAUGAGACCAAUGAAAGAGUCUGCUAAGCUCUUAUCUCUGAUUACAAAAACUGAGUCCUCAACUCGUUUGCGACAAUCUUUGGUGGCUCCACAUUCUGCUUACGCCUGCCCCACCAAGAAGGCAGAUGUCAUUGAUUUGACUCUGGAAAGCUCCUCCUCUGAUGAUGAAGACAAGAGCACAGAUCCUCCUCUUAAGAAACACUGUGUUUACAUUUCUAAAAACGAGGACAUGCAUCCAAAGGGAGUAUUGACCUAUCAGCCUUCCAAUAUACACAUGUCAACUAUUCAGGCCUUGGACCCAUCAUAUUUGACCUCUACACUUGCUGAUUAUGGAAUACCCUUCCACCCAUCAACCUUGGCUACCAUCCCCACAGAACUGCAGAGCCUGGAUUUGUUUUUAAUUCAAGCAGAUCCUCAGCAUUACAGGCCUCAGAUGUUUCUGGAAAACCUGACAAGUACCAUGCAGAGUGUCACUUCUGCUAGCACAAGCUCUGCCCUGGUUUCCUCAUCCAGUAGCCGCUAUGAAAGAAACUCCCACGCAGCUGGCUCCAUUCAUGAAACCUGGGACGUCGCAGGCGGAGGAAGCACUGCUGGAGGAGUAAUUGACAACAGUGUAUCUGACAUCAUUUCACUAGACUGAUAUUGUUGGACUUUUGAUUGAUUUCUUUUUUUCUAGGGUUGUUUUAUUAUUCCAAACAAAAUGUACUAAUAAACAGUUAAAGCCCUGAAAAUAUAUUUCUAUUCUAUUUAAAACUAUUUAAACCUUCUUAAACAUAUUUUCUGUUGAAAGUGCAGAUGACAUUUAUUGUUCUCUUAAAAUAGUUAUUUCAGACAAGACGUAUUUCUGUAGCAGACAAAUAAAUUACUCGGAAAUCAAAUAGAAAAGAUGCACCUUUUCCAAAAUGUUGAACUUCCUCAUUAAUUUAUUUAGUUAUUCAUUUUAAUAGUGUAGGAUUGGUAAAUGCAAGGGUAGUGCUUUUCUACACCAUGUUGUGCUAAAAAAUGCCUUUUCUGCAGUAGCCUAGCUUUUUAAAAACAAAUAUUUCUGUGUAACAAAUAUUUCUGGAAGAUUUCUAGAAAAUGAAUAUUAGGUCCACACUUUCUCAUUUGUUUAAAAAAAUAAAAAUAAAAAUAUCCACAACAAAAUACAUAAGUGCGUUUUUUCAGCGCAUUUACAAAGCACGUCAAGAAGAUACACUCCCAUUUACGGAAUGGCAGGAAGUCAUCCCCACGGGUAAACCCUGCACACGUUUCGGCAUGAAGUAUCCAAUAAAGUGAUACUGGAGGAAGACAAGGUCAUGUUAAAAAGGUUAAAAAACUAUAUAAGAAAAAAUCCAAUUGGAUAAGGAAAAAAAAAAAGAGUUGUCCAAUAUCAAAUUAAUAAUAAUUAAGAAGUUCAAUGAAUAAAUAACUGUAUUUUGCACCUUAAGGAGAAAUCAACGCCAACAAAAAAAAAUACAUCCAGCCUAGUUAAGACCAUACCAAAGACUAUAAAAAUGGGACCCUUUGCCUCCCUGCGUGUGUGACGAUCAUUGGGACUUAAAAAAAAAAAAAAAAGAAAAAAAAAAAUUUGGGUGCGUAAUAUACAUGGGUACAGGCUUUUUUCCAGCAUCAACAUGCCAUUUUUAGGGUGCGUAUUAUACAUGGGGGCGCAUUAUACACGGAAAAAAAUGGUAAUUAACACUUUAAAGCGCCAUAUCCUCUGGACAUGUCCUCUGUCACCAGGAUGACAUAAAGGACGAGAAAGUUGAUCCAUGGAUUUAAUGAUUUGGAGUGACACAAACGGUUUCAUAAUAUUGUUGUUUAUGCGAUAGUUAUUUAGAAUAUAUAUGUAUCGUUGUAUGGGCCUGUGGAAUAAUUUGAACUGUGGCGCGGCACACGGCAUUGUUGACAAAGGACGAUCGAUGGAUUUAAUGAAUUGGAGUGACACAGAUGGUUUUAUAAACGUGUUUUUUAUGUAAUAGUUUUUUAAAAAUAACUGACUGUUACAUCAUGCCCGUUCUCAGCUCCUUGUUUGUGUUUGUCACGUUAGCAUACCGUAUCGUUUAGCCCAGGGGUGGGCAAACUACGGCCCGCGGGCCACAUCCGGCCCACGGGACCGUUUAAUCCGGCCCGCCAACACUGAACGGACUAUUAUUAAACUUUUUUUUUGUGGUCAUUUUGCCUGCAAUGACUGCGUUUCCCCAGUAGAUGGGGAAGCGCUCGCCUGCGCAUUUACUACCGGAAGCCGUGUCAGAAAGCUCGGUGCACACUCACAAGUGCGUGUACAUGUACAUGGGGCACUUGCGCUCUAUUUGUAUCAGUCCCAAAUUUAGAGCGUGGACUGUGACGAAAACAUUCUUGUAAUUUGCGCGCUGAGCUUUCAGAUGCAGUUUUGCGCUAAAGCCACCCACAAACCUUCCCCUGGAAUCUUUCCAUUAAAAUGAGUCGCCCAAGGAAAAGCAAGGUGGACACCUGUGUUUAAAAGAGAGUGGCCAAUUUGGCUCGACCUACGCGACAUGACGUUCAGCCACAUGAACGUCAACAUCAACCCGUCACAGAUCGAGGUAAACGGACCAACACCUCGGAUCUCUCCUAAGAAUUGCCACAACAAAUUUUACUCCAGACUAUGACGCACUAGCAAAAAAUCACUGAUAGCAGUUUUUUAGUGAAUUAUUAUUAUUUUUUUAAUGCUGUUAAUAAAUGCAUUUGUUUUCGAAAAACUUAUUUGGAAUAUCCAUGCUUUACUACCUACUAAAUGCCAAAAUCUUUUAUGCAAUGACCUUUACAGGUCGCUUAUAUUACUUCACACAAACACUACGUCCAUCUGCUCCUGCUUCGGCCCUCCGGUCCAAAUUUAGAACCCAGUUCGGCCCGCGAGUCAAAAAGUUUGCCCACCCCUGGUUUAGCCUGUUGUUGCUCGUUCAUGUCUGUUCUUGGUGUUGGAUUUUGUCGAAUAAAUUGCCCCCCAAAAUGCGACUUAUACUCCGGAGCGACUUACGUAUUUUCUUUCACAUUUUUGGGCAUUUUAUGGCUGGUGCGAUUUAUACUCCGGUGCGAUUUAUAGUCCGAAAAUUACGGUACCAUCGCUUGUGCAACGCAAUCAGCAUUAGGACCGUCUAAAAUGGCAUCGAGAAAGAGACAUGCCUACGGGCACAACUCUAGCUUUCUGGAAAGCCGGGGUCAUUGCCGAAAAGUAACAUGACGACAAGACAAUGACAAGGGGGAACUUGUCAUGUUUAAUGACAAACUGUUUAAUUUGGAAACAGAAGAUGAGGACUUAGAUGGAUUUGCCUAUUAAUAUUGAUGAACAAUGUGAGUACAAUACAGUACAUCAGAAUCAGCUUUAUUGACCAAGUUUGUGCACGCCAAACAGGAAAUUUGACUCCGGUUGAUCUCAGCCUCUGUAUGUAAUGUUGCAUUGACAUGAUUAAAUAGUAGAAUAAAGUACAACUGAACUCACUG